AGGCGACUGACCGGAGGCGGGCAUUAGCUAGACUUUCCAGUCUGCGAGCUUGUGCUCUUCCGGAAUACAGGAGGGAGUCGGAGGUUUUGGGAACGCAGCCGAGACACCGCCUUCCUCCCGGAGCGCGUUUCUUUCCUCAGAGCUACCCAACUCUCCCACUUGAGAGGAGUAUCCAGUAGUUCCCCGCGAGAAGAUUUUAAGGCGCCAUUGACGCGGGCAUCGCCAGUUGCACCGGGCUGGGUUUCUUGGGCGUCCCUCGUCCUCCGGAUUUUACUCCUUCUGCCCGAAACAGAGCCGUCCCGAAGGUGGGGAGGCGAUUCGGCUUCCGAACCUUUCGAAAUCGAAGCCCGCGGUCCCACCCCACCCCCAUAGGUACUUCUCCGCCCCUUUCGAAGGCGACGCCGUCCUGCGAAUCGCAAGACCGAACGCGCAAUUACUUCUCUCUGGCGCGAGGUUCGGUCACCUGUUCCGCCGAAGGGAGUGGGCGAAAAGAAGCGUCGAGAGGUGGGCGGGAGGGAGGCAAGUUUUGGGAAAGGAAAGCCGAGCAGCGGUUCCUUAAAAAAAAAAAAAAAAAGUUCGCUUUCGAUCGAUCAGCCGGACUCCGGAAAGGAAGAGAUGGCGGCCGAGAAAGGACGGGCCGGGAAUGAUAUUCUGAGCGGCUGGUAGAAAGCAAGCAGUAGGUUGGAGUUCGGGACGAUUCGGAGGAGCCGCCGGGACGAUUCGGAGAGCAGGCUGUGAUGCAAAGGAAAGACGCUUGGAAGCGAGUCUCGGGAAGAUCUCUUGGCUGAGAUUACCGGGGUGGGGGUCGCUGGGAAGGGUAGGUGGUCCCCUCCAGCGCGCCACCGCCGGGCAUCGUUUGGGACCCCUUGCCUGAGUUCCCACGCCGAGGGACGCUUUUUUCGGAGAGCUUGCCUUGGUUUGAUGGCCUCUGGCUGCAGCAUGAGGACGAACGGCGGAGGCCCCGACGGCGGGAGCAGUGCCAGUUGCUCGCCUUGCAACAUCAGCUACACCCUCCCCAUCAUCUCAUCCAACAAGCUCCCGGACCAACGCUUCGUCAGCCGCGGGGCCUAUGGGACGGUGUCCUCCGCCCGUCACGCAGACUGGCGGAUCCCGGUGGCUGUCAAAUCUCUGCAGGGCAGCCUGUUAGAAAGUGAGCGAGACAGUCUCUUAAAAGAAGCUGAAAUUUUACAUCAAGCAAGAUUCAGUUACAUUCUACCAAUUUUGGGAAUUUGCAAUGAACCUCAGUUUCUGGGUAUUGUGACAGAAUAUAUGCCUAAUGGAUCACUGAACCAACUUUUAUAUGAGAAAAACAUCUAUCCUGACAUUGCUUGGUCACUCAGGUAUCGCAUUUUGUAUGAAAUUGCUUUGGGAGUAAAUUAUCUUCACAACCUGAGUCCUCCACUCAUGCACCAUGAUUUGAAGACCCAGAAUAUUUUACUUGACAGUGAGUUCCAUGUUAAGAUUGCAGAUUUUGGUUUAUCAAAAUGGCGCAUGGUGUCCAUGACACUUUCAAAAGGGGAUAAAUCAAUUUCUGAGGGAGGGACCAUCAUUUACAUACCACCUGAAUGUUAUGAUACUAGCAAAAUCCGUUCAAGUGUAAAGCAUGAUAUAUACAGUUAUGCCAUUAUUAUGUGGGAAGUGAUGUCAAGAAAAAAACCAUUCGAAGACGUUGUACAUUACUUACAAAUUAUGUUUAGCAUGUCACAAGGGAAGCGUCCAGAUGUUGGGGAAGAGACUUUGCCCCUUGAUAUUCCUUACCGAGAAUUGAUGGUGUCUUUAAUGGAAUCUGCUUGGGCACCCAAUCCAGAGGAAAGACCAUCUUUUUCAAGGUGCUUAAUAGAUCUUGAAUCUGUGAUGAGGACCUUUGAAGAGAUACCUAUGCUUGAAGCAGUAAUAGAUUUAAAGAGGGCCAAAGCACACUAUGAGUGGAGUUGUGUCCAUUUGUCUAACAAGAUAUCCAGUGAUGAAUCAAUAUCUUUAAAUAUACCACUGAACACUAGUAUACAAGAGAAUUCCUGUUCAUCCCAAGAUGCUCAAUCUUAUCCGUCAAGUCUUCCCCAAAAUAUAUCAAAACCAUGCAACCUUCUUUCAGAUGUUAAGGAUGAACCACACUCCCUGAUCAGUUAUGUUCUACACUCCCAGAGUACUCAGUCUUGCGUAUCUCAACAAAGUUCUUCAUCUAACACAGAUAGUUCUAAUUCAUCAAAUUCCAUGCCAGGCUUGCUACAGAUAGCACGAGCCAAUCCAGGCUUUAUAUUGAGGACUGUGCAAUCACAAGAUUUCGGUGUAGCUCGUAAUUGGAUCCAAACUAAAAGAGAGGAUAUUGUCCAUCAGAUGACCGACACUUGCAUUAACCAGUGUUUAGAUGCCCUUCUCGCCAAGGAUUUAAUCAUGAAAGAGGAUUAUGAACUCGUUAACACCAAACUUACAAGGACCUCAAGAGUCAGGCAACUGCUUGAUACUACUGACAGUCAAGGAGAAGAUGUCGCUAGAAUCAUCGUGCAAAAACUGAAAGAUAACAGACAGAUGGGACUUCAGCCUUACCCAGAUAUACCUCCUGUAUCCAGGAGCACUUCUUUGCAUCUAUAAAUGUCA